UUCGUGGCCGUGACGGCGGCCCUCCUGAGGCAUAACUGGUACCCGGCCCGGGUGUUCGUGGGCGACACCUACUGCUACUUCGCUGGCAUGACGUUCGCUGUGGUCGGCAUUCUCGGCCACUUCUCUAAGACGAUGCUCCUGUUCUUCAUGCCUCAAGUGUUCAACUUCUUGUACUCCUGUCCCCAGUUGUUCCACUUUGUCGACUGUCCCCGGCAUCGGUUGCCAAAAUACGACCCCAAAACAGACAAAGUGUUUGCGAGUACUUUCCGGUUGAAGAGAAGCGAAACGAAACGGUUGGGCCGCCUGUUCCUCGAUAUACUCCGGGCGCUGCGUUUAGUGCAAUACAAACAGGUGUCCGACGAUCCCAGUAAUGACACCUACGAGUGCUCGAACCUAACGAUCAUUAACUUAAUUCUAGUCAAAUUGGGACCAAUGAAUGAGAUGCACGUGACGUGCGUGCUGUUAGCCCUACAGGUGCUCUCUAGUUGCUUCGGCUUUUUCAUACGCUACGGCAUCAGUAAAAUAUUUUAUUAGCUAUUAAUUAGUUAUUAUAUUUCUAAUCAUUAAAAUUGACAUUUUUAAUUGUAAAUUAA